GUCAGCCGCGGGUAAAGCCGUGUUACCCGACAGUACUACAUUAUCGUUCAAUUAAAUUACCGGUCUAUUUUACAUCAGGUGCAAGCAUGAUCCUUCAAAAGUGACUAGUUUUAAAAAUUAAUCAAAGUGUUUGAAGAACUUGAAACAGAAAUCAAUUUCCAUAUUAUUUUAAUGAAUGAUGAACUGCAGAUUUAGGGUACGUUUUGAAGUGAAGGUCAGCGAACCUGUUACCUGGAUACCUACACAAUUGCGCUGAAUGACGCAUCGAUUAAAUGCUGAACGUGCUGCAUUUUUAAUGGAUCGAGGAAAAUUCGUCCUGAAUUGUGUCUCGUUCGCAAAAAUGUCAUCUGCUUUGCCAAGCUUCCAUUUCAAAAAAGCUCAUAGAUUGAGAGCAAUUAGAGGCCUUGUAGAGGUAUAAUUUAAAUUUUAAAUGCGUCACAAAACAUGACUAGGCAGACUAGCUACAAUAUGGGUUCUAAAACGAACUUUUCCACUGAAACUUUGGCUGUUUCUUCUAAAGAAGACGCAAAGACGUAUGACCCGUACCUAAAAUCACCAUUGGGCUGUUACGGAGCGGCGUCUGGAGAAGCUGCUGGUCUCGACUCCGACGACUGCUCUCCCAGUAGUCACGGCUCGCACCACGAUGAUGCGCACGGCAUGGAUGAAAGGUUGUUUCCAGAGGACGACUCGAAUUACCAGCCCCCGAACCCUGCCCUCAACAAGCGGGGGGAGCCGAGGCAGAGAGCUGAGAAAAAAUACCGGAAAGAUUUUCCGGACGAGGAAACUUUUCUGCAAUACAAGAAAGAGCAAGACAAGAAGCGUCAGCAGAGAAAACGCGAAAAGGACAAGAUUAAGAGGCAGACGAGCAACUCGCUGUUCCCUCCUUCAUAAAAUUUAGUUCCAGGCAAUGGUUCAAAGGCUGCUUUCGUCGCUACUGAACAUUCGCGAGUCGCCAUGAAGCUCGAGUGGAACUGGAAAAAUAUCGCACGCUUUUGACCUUAUUACUCAAUUUUUACUGAGAGCUCAAAAUUUAUGUUAACAUUCAUUUGUGUUUACAUUUCUAGAAAAUCAGGUCCUUGUGCAGUAUCACAUUCAAAAAACAUUUCAAAUUAAGCCCAGAGUUCAUAAAAUAUUAGAAU